AUGAUUUAUGAAGCAAUUGUGGUGCCUCGGCGCUACUUUCGCCACGAUCCUCUUGCCGUCCUCUCGCUGCUGCUGCUUUAUCUCUGUGCUCGGAGCUUCCGUGAGUGGUCCCUUCCCUCAUCUGCCCUGGGAGGCACCAGGAACCCAAGCGCUGGGGACCUAAGGCCCCCUCCUCGAUCCUUCACCGCUCGGCCUCGCCCCUCCCCAGGCGUCGUCUCAGGGUGCAGGUCCUGGGCACGGUCCUGCAAUCCCGAAGGACCGCCGCCUGUCCAGGUCCGGCGGCAAUCGGGCCCCCUGGAGGCCCCCAAGUAAGAGCCUCCGUGUGAGGGCCCCCAGGGGGUGCUGGGCCGCGUGAUGGAGCCGUUUCGCGCCAGUCUGAACCCCGAAGGCGACUUGGCAUUGUCGCAGUACCUGGCCGGAUGGAGGGCGCUGGUCAGGUUCCUAACUCCCUCGGUCCAUCUCGCCUUCGCCACGGACGAGGCCUCCGCCAAGGUGACAGCCCUAGAGGCUCGGGUGCACGGCCCGGAGGCGGCGCACUACUCGUCGCUGGCGGCCAUGGCGGCGUGGGAGCGGCGGGCGGGACUGCUGGAGCGGCCCGGGGUCGCCCCCCGAGACCCGGCCAGGUCCUCGGGCUCACGGACCCUGCUCUUGCUGCACCGAGCGCUGCGCUGGUCCCAGCUCUGCCUCCACCGGGUGGCGGCCCGCGACGCCCGGAGGCCCGGACGCCGGCGGCAGUGCGGCGACGCGUACCGCACGGCCCUGGCCCCGCACCCCUGGCUCGUGCGCCAGGCCGCCCGCCUCGCUUCCUCGCCUUCCCGGGUCGCGGCCUGGCUCGGGCUGGCGUGCCCGGGGGCCGGGGAGACGGAGGCGCGGGCCGCGCUGGCGCGGGCGGCGGCCACCCUGGAGGCCGUCUACAACCGCACCCAGGGCCUGCUGGCCGAGCGCGGGCUGCUCGGUCGCCAACGGCGUGCCAAGCCUCCGGCCCAGACCUGUGCGCCGAGCUCCGGCCCCCGCGCCGCCAGCUCCUUCCUGGACGCGCCCCGCAGACCCCGCAGAUGCAACACGUCCAACACGGAUCCAGGCGCCUCCUCCCGGACGGCGCGUCUCCCCGCGUUCCCCGUCGCUGGGAAUAAACGGCACCCUCCCCUGUCACCACCGAGAGCCUAA